AUGGCUGCGGACUCAACGCUGGUCAACGAGCUCAACGCAUUCUAUGCGCGCUUUGAGGUCAGUGACGACGAGCGCACUCACACCAAGCCCGUUGCGUUAAGUCCACUUGAUGUGAAGAAGCCAAACUUCCCUGUCCCCAGCUGUGUGUCCAUUAAGACUGACCAGUCCAUGGAUCUACCACUGCGGUUUGGAGCAGGAAACUCCUCUGAUCACAGAUGUAAAACAAUUUGUGUGCAGAAUCACAAAGCCCUUCUGAAGGAGAAGUUUGAGUGUUUGGCUGAGGGAAUCUCCAAGCAGGGAAACCCCACACUGCUCAAUGAGAUCUACACAGAGGUCUACAUCACAGAGGGUGGCAGUGGAGAAGUCAAUGAUGAACAUGAGGUCAGACAGAUUGAGGCAGCAUCCAAGAGAUCAGAUGCAUAUGACAAACCAAUCAAAUGCAAUGAUAUUUUCAAACCUUUACCUGGACAAGAAAAGGAUAUUAGAACUGUGCUGACAAAGGGAGUGGCUGGCAUUGGGAAAACGGUCUCUGUGCAGAAGUUCAUUCUGGACUGGGCUGAAGGAACGUUCAAUCAGGAUGUCCACUUCAUAUUUCCUCUUCCCUUCCGUGAGCUUAACUUAGUGAAGGAGGAACAUCUCAGUUUUGUGGGUCUAAUUAAACGAUUCUGUGGUGACAUCCAUGAUUUGAGCAUUUUCACUGGUGACAGCUGCAAAGUUCUGUUCAUCUUCGAUGGUCUGGAUGAGUGUAGGAUUCCUCUGAAUUUCAACUCCACCUCAAAGUGUUGUGAUGUAACAGAAGCAACCACAGUGUCUGCUUUGCUGACCAACCUCAUCAAGGGGAAUCUGCUGCCCUCUGCUUUCCUCUGGGUCACUUCCAGACCAGCAGCAACCAGUCAAAUCCCUCCUGAGUAUGUGGACCGUGUGACAGAAGUACGGGGAUUCAGUGAUCCCCAAAAGAAAGAAUACUUCAGGAAGAGAGUUAGGAAUAAGAACAUGGCUAAAAGAAGCAUCGGCCACCUGAAGUCAUGCAGGAGCCUCUUCAUCAUGUGCCACAUUCCUGUCUUCUGCUGGAUUGCAGCCACUGUGCUAGAGAUAAUGUUGAGAGAAAGAAACACAGGAGAGAUCCCCAAGACUCUGACUCAAAUGUACACACGCUUCCUGAUGAUUCAAACACAAAUCAAGCAGAAGUACACCGAAAGAAAAGAGACGGAUGAAGGGAUGAUUUUCAAGCUGGGGAAACUUGCUUUUCAGCAGCUGCAGAAGGGCAAUCUGAUCUUCUAUGAGCAGGACCUGAGAGAGUGCGGCAUUGACAUCACAGAGGCAUCAGUGUACUCAGGAGUGUGUACCCAGAUCUUCAGAGAGGAGGCCGGGCUGUACCAGGGGAAGGUGUUCUGCUUUGUGCAUCUCAGCAUUCAGGAGCAUCUUGCUGCAUUGUAUGUGCACCUCACUCUCAUCAUCCACAAGGAAAAUGUUCUCAGCCCAGCAACCCGAAGGCCAGCCACCUUUAAAUCUCAGCUUGCUCAUGUCUUCAGGAUUGUGUCUGUGUAUCAGCUGCACAAGACAGCAGUAGAUCUGGCUUUACAGAGUGAAAAUGGACAUCUGGACCUUUUCCUCCGCUUCCUCCUGGGCCUCUCACUGCAGUCCAAUAAAAAUCUCUUGAGAGCUCUGUUGCCACAGGCAACCAUUCAAUCACAGAGCACAGAUAAAACUGUCCAGUACAUCAAGAAGAAGAUUGGUGAAAAUCCCUCCUCAGAUAAAUGCAUGAAUCUGUUCCACUGCCUAAAUGAGCUGAAUGACCAGUCCCUGGUGGGGGAAAUCCAAAGCUACCUGACAUCUGGAGAUCUAGAGGGAGCAAAUCUGUCCCCUGCACAGUGGUCAGCUGUGGUGUUUGUGCUGCUGACCUCAGAACAGGAGCUGGAUGAGUUUGACCUGAGUAAAUAUGGCGUAUCAGAAGAAUGUCUGCUGAGGCUGAUGCCUGUGGUCAAGGCCUCAAGAUCAGCAAUUCUGCGUAGCUGUGGGCUGACAGGGGAAAGCUGCUCCUCUCUGGCUGCAGCCCUCAGCUCAGGCUCAAGUCUCAGACAGCUGGACCUGAGUAACAAUAAUCUGCAGGACUCUGGAGUGGCACUUCUUAGUGCUGCAUUAGGAAAUCCACUCUGUCAACUGGAGACACUAAACUCAGAAUCAAGUCUUAGACAGCUGAACCUGAGGAACAAUCAUCUGAAGGACUCUGGAGUGGCACUUCUUAGUGCUGCAUUAGGAAAUCCACUCUGUCAACUGGAGACACUAAAGCUGGGUAAAUGUAAGCUGACAGGGAAAAGCUGCUCCUCUCUGGCUGCAGCCCUCAGCUCAGGCUCAAGUCUCAGACAGCUGGACCUGAGUGUCAAUGUUCUGCAGGACUCAGAUGUUGAGCCUCUCUUUGCUCUUCAGAGGAACCCAGAGUGUAAACUACAGACACUAGA